UCGUCUUAAGGUCUUUUGAAAUCAUCUCGCUCAAGGUGGGAUGUUGGCGCUGGCAUUGCUCUUGCUGGUGGGGUUCGCUCACGGAAUCUCGCUAGAAAGGCCACAGCGUGACCUGCUUGGCAACGGCAUCGAUCUACAACCGUCUGGCCUGUAUGGAGUUCCGAUGGACUACGGCUGUCAACCAUCUACGAUUUACAGCACUCAAGUCCAGUAUUCCACUGUUGUCGUCCCCUCUAUUGUCUACAACAAUCAAAUUCAGUAUGCUACUAAGACGUCUGUCCGCGCACAACAGGUCUACACCACUAUCUAUUCUGAUAUUGUCAGCACCCAGUAUGUUCCUUCCGUGAUCUAUCAGACGGUGACUGUUACUCGCACUCAGGAUCAAGUACGCACGCAGGUCGUCACUCUCCCGGCGCAGACUAGUUACGUGGCUCGCACACAAGAAGUCGUAAGGACGCAGGUGCAGUAUCAGACUAAAUACACGACUAUCGUCCAAUCGAUACCCUCGACGAUCACUAGAAAUGUCGUAUCUACAGUCGUAGUGCCCCAGCAGGUAGUCAGUACUGUCUACCAGACACAGACGGUUACCAGGACACAGCAGGAGCCAGAUAGGACCAGAACUGUCCCCAGCACUCAGUACAGCACCGUUUAUUCUACUGUAGUUAUUCCGGGAGAGGACGUUGUAAAGACAACUGUCGCCGUUAGCACCAACUAUAUCGUUCAGACUGUCACACAGCCUGGACAGACUCGAUAUAUCACCUCUACACAAGUGGUCCCCGUCACCACUACCAUCUACUCACAGGUGGUUCUCACCAACACUCAGACGCAGUACGUGACUCGCACUCAGGUGCAGACGCAAUAUACAACUGUCGUGCGUACGGAACAAGUGAGACAGUACGUCACAAGGACCGUCACAGUUCCCCAACAGGUGGUGAAAACCCAAGUUUCUACUCAGGUAGUCCCCACAACCAUCUAUAGUCAACAGGUGGUUCCUUCCAUCGUAAACCUUCCCGCUCACACCGAGUACUUUACUAUCACCCAGACGGUUGUCAACACCCAGCAGCUCCCUGGCCAAACCCGUGUCCAGUACGUGACACGAACAGUCUACAACACCAACUAUGUAACUUCCACGGUAUACAACAAGCAAUACAACACCGUGACGGCCACCUACACUCAGAAGCCCAACUGCAACACCGGCUACAAUUACCCUGAACCUGCUGUUGGCUUCAACGCACUUGGUCGUUAAUGCAAAGUCUACAUGAUACACUAGAGGAAAUAAUAAAUUAUUCUUUAUUCUAACGAACACUAAAAAAAACUAUUCAAAUGGUCAGAGACAGGAAUAAAUAAUCAUAUUAUGUGUUAAGUUUCCUCAAUUUAUCAAAUAUAUCGCAUUUGUUUUAAGUAUACACUAAGAAAUAAAAGUUUUUUUUUCA